GUUGACUUAUGAUGAUAAAAGUAGAUUAAUUUAACUGGUACAGCAGUAUAAAACACAUGGUUACAACGGUGACAUAAGCCUUGUCGUUUUCAAUUCCACCUUAUUACACGCAUAAAGUAAGUAUUCAAUCGGAGUAUUUUACCGCCGCUGAUUUAUUUAUUAGUCUAGGCCACCAAAUGAGCGAAGUAUCUUAAGCCCAAACAGAACUCACCCCGGGACUCAAACGCUCCGCCGCUUCUAAAACAAAUAAACAACCCCCAGUCUGCUUUUGAAGAUCAAACUUACACCGUACUUUAGUAUAUUCCAAACUUAGUUCUUCCAUUAACAGCCAGUUAAACAUUACCUCCAUCGUUAAUUGAUAUUUUAUCUUUUAAGUAUUUAUAAAAACGGAUUUAACGCUUAUUGAUACAAUAUUGGAUUAAAAUUCGACAAUGGGCUCUUUUUAGUGAAUAAAGACCUCCUUGAUGGACCUCUUAGUCUUUUGAAUGUUUCUUUGUGCUUGUAGGCUGACCUUCUUAUGAUCCCUUUAUUUUCUUGUCAUUUGAGCCAGGGAUGAUUUAUUGCAAUCACAGUUUGAAACUGAAGCCAGUCCUGCAAUUCACUGAUUGACCGCCAUCAAAAUUGUAUCCAUUUCUUUAUUUUGGAUCAAAUUCAACGGCAGCCUUAAAGUAUAUCUUUAUAACCAAAAAAGGAAACUUUUUCAUUAAAAAAACCACACCAGAAGGGUGGUGCUAUUUGAAAAUUUUAAUUGACAACAAAGGGUUCCCAAAUGUUCCCAUGAGCUUAUUUAGGAAGUAAUUUACAUUGUUGUAUUGACAAACAAUUCAGCUAUUUUACCUCAAAAUCAUAUUCAAACAAAUAUAAAAAAUGUUUUCCGGUGGCUUCAAAUAGAAAAGUUUGACCUGCUGCUGCAGACAUAUUGGGACUUCGUAUCUUUUUUUUGUUCCUCAAAUUUAAAUCCAUACCGACUGUUAAUUUUACCGGAAAAAUUUUUAUAUUCAAGUUGAUUCUUAUCCGAAUUUUGCAGCUUCAUGUACCACAGAAAACUGUUUUUAUUGUUUUCAGGUUUAAUUUACGACACAUAAUUUUUAGAUAAUUUUAUUCCUUAGCUUCCAAUUUUUAGCUAUUUUAAAAUCACCUAUUCCCGAAGCUCACAAUAGGCUGUCAAGCAAAAUAUUAAGUGAAAUUAUUUAGGUCAACUGUCUAACCUUUUUAUUAUCACAAUGAGAAACAGGCUAUCUCUCAUUUACUACUUAUUUGUCUUCGCUAUUUUACUUCAAAUAACUGUUUCCUUACCAUCCGAAAAGGCAAAGCCAAACCCAUCAACAGGCUGUGUGUACAAACAUCUACCCGAUGGUAUGAUGACAGACAAACUUACCAAGCAUACCAUCCUAAUAGACGACCCUAGAUUAAAAUCUGUAGUGACCAGGCACUUCUACAUUCGAGUUCCAGGCACCAACCAAGAUCCUUAUAAAAGAGAUUCAAAUCAUGAGCGGGCUUUGACGUUUUACUUCCAUGGAUACCAGGGUAAUGCUUUGGAUGUGGCAACCAAAUACGAGUACAAUUUGAUGGGUCGUCAAGAAGAUAUGAUAAUGAUCUACCCCGAGGGUCUCUCCGACUUCGUCACAGACGAGGGAGUGGAAUUGUCAGACCUACAAGGCUGGAAUGCAGUGGGUUCUUCUGAUUCUGAUGACCCCAAAUGCAUAGCCGCUUCUGGAUUUUCACAGUGCGGGUUCAAGAGUUGCAAAGAGCUCAACAUAUGCCACUCCUGUGCGUUUGCAAGCUGUAAUAACGACACACUUUUUGUCGAAGAAAUACUGGAUUGGGCCAUCUCUCAUUUAUGCAUCGACCAAUCACGAAUAGUGGCGACCGGUCUGAGCAAUGGUGGCCUCAUGACUUACGAACUGAUUACGAAACGUCCGGAUCCUUUCCAGGCAUUCAUUCCUAUUUAUGGGGUUCCAAUGACAGGCUUCUUGAACUUCUCCAACCCGGAGAUUUUCGGAAAGCCGUUGCUGCACAUUCAUGGACUGAAUGACGAAUGGAUCCCGUUUAACGGGUCUCUGAGCAAUUUCAACGUCUCCUUCGUACCCGCUACAGAUGUCGUAGAAGAGUACGCAAGAGUCCAAGGCUGCAGUUUCAACAGAGAAAUAUGGUCCACCCCUUUCGACACGAUAAACAGCUUCCAGUGCAUCGAAUAUCCGAACUGCCAAACGGGAGCCAAAGUAGUUUUAUGCACUUACUCCGGUGGACACACCUACCCUCCGAUGAUUGAAGAAACCACAUUCUAUUUCCUGAAUCAGAUUUCAGAACAGCCAUGGCGAAAAGAAACAAAGGAUUUCGCUAGUUUUUCGGAUACGUUUGCUGCCUCGUAUAAAACAGAUUUAGCCACAGUUUUGUUCUUUCAGAUGCUCUUCAUAUUCUGCAUGUGAUUUCAUUGCCUGCUAUGUUGCAUUCGCAAAUGAACAUUUAUUCAUAUUGCUUAUGCGUUCUUGAUCCAAUUUAGAAAAAACUGAUGGAAAAUGGAAAACUGAUGGAAAAUGGUGCGAGUGCAAACAUUUAAUAGUGCAAAAAUCCCAUAGUGCAAACAUCCGAACUUACACAAUAGUUGCGUAAUAAUAAGACGUCAUAAUCUCAAAAAUAUGAAAAAAGCUCAGUGGACGUUUUAAUAAAAAUAAUAAUUUGCUUUUAUGCGUUUCGCAGAGGAUCUAUGCAAGACCUUGCAGCCUCUCUAAGCAUAUUCCGUUUCUAUAUAUUUCUCCACACUCCAGACAGUUAAUUUGUUGAGCGGUGCUCUUUUUUAGCCACUCAAUGUCGUUUUUUUUGCGCCUAAAAUUUUCACGUGGUACCACUAUUGCCGCCGAAAUCGGUCAAGCUGUGCUAGAGCUGAAGGUAGAGGUCAAGUGAGAGCUCGUCCUCACGCACUAUCGUUAGUAGUCACACAAUUUCCGUUGGAAAAAACCAUUGCGUUUCGCUUCAAAAAGCCUUUUAAUACAACCUUGAGAAAACUUUCUAUCUACUCUCGUAGCGGAGA